CUGGGGCAUUUGUUUAUUUGUUUGUUGAAAGUUCGAGCAUGAAGUUGGAUCUUUUGCUGAUCAUUGUCGCUGUGGGCAUCUCACUGCCUGGCUCGGAAGCAGGGGUGACGGAGGAGCAGAUGUGGUCCGCUGGCAAACUGAUGAGGGAUGUCUGCCUGCCCAAGUACCCCAAGGUGACCGCAGAGGUGGCCGAUGGCAUACGUAAUGGGCAGAUACCCAACAACAAGGACUCCAACUGCUACAUCAACUGCGUUCUGGAGAUGAUGCAGGCGAUCAAGAAGGGAAAGUUCCAGGUGGAGGCCUCUCUGAAGCAGAUGGACGUCCUGCUGCCGGACAGCUACAAGCCGGAGUACCGUCAGGGCAUCAACACCUGCAAGGACUCCACUGUUGGCCUCAAGAACGCCCCCAACUGUGAUCCAGCCCACGCCCUGCUCUCGUGCCUCAAGUCCAACAUCAAGGUCUUUGUCUUCCCCUAGUCAUCUCCGAAUCCAUAGAUGCCCAAUGUUUAAGUCCCCGUUCCUGUCUAGUCUAUAGGCCUAGGUCUUGGUCCUCUAGUCCCCUAGU